ACCAUAGGGUAAUGUGGUCAUUGUCCAUUUCAAUAAUACGCUCCUUCAAGUAAAAAUAUUUAUAUGAAUGGUAUACAAUCUUUUCAUCCUUCUUUUAUUCAGCUUCCAACAGAACUUUUGCCGUUAAUUUGUCGUUUUUUGUCUGUCCAGGAUAUUCAAAACUUAGUGGCUGUUGUACCAUCAGUGUAUCCUGUAUUGGAGGCCUCAAUUGAUUUAUUUUGGAAAAAGAAACAUUAUGAACUUAAUACGCAUAAAAAUAAGCUGCUUAAAGAAGCUUUAGGUGUGGGUUAUGCACCUGCAGUUUCGAACGGAUUUGUGAGUGGUACCCAGGUAUCUUCGACAGUUGCAGAACGUGAGUAUUAUGCUAAAUCUGAUGAACUAAAAUCCAUCUGUGGAUUACUCCCAGGACCAGUGAAAGUUGAACAAAUCGGCAUAUGUAUAGACAAUCUUUUGACUUCCCAAUAUGGACUGGACCUUCAUGGAAAGAAAGUCAAAACAUCCUUCUUCUCUUUGAACGACGUAGAUAAUGAAUGGUUGGAAUCUGUUUGUCUUCAAAUUCAACAGUACUUAUCUCCAGCUGCUGAAAGAGCAUUGGCUUCGUUUCAAGGUCGUACUCUUCAAAGUCGCUUUUUACAGACAUUAUUCGUUGGAAUGGUCUUUGAAGAAGAUAUGUGGUAUUUUUUUAAUGUCUUGUAUGAUAUUUCCUCUUCAACAGCUAUUGAAUUUGCUUAUUUUCUUGAUACUCUCCUUACGAUUGUAAAAACUGAUUAUGAGCAUUACCGCGAUCCACUCUCUCAAACCUUAAUUUCCACUAGUAGCAGAUUUCAGGAUAUCAUUUUCUCUAUAGAAUCACCAUUUGACAAUACCUUUGAGCAGGGCCUUACAGCAGAACAGAAACGAAUUGUGGAAUGUGAACUGCAUCCCGGAGAAGUUCUGAAAGUCAAAGCUUUUGCAGGAACCGGAAAAACAAAAGCUCUCUUAGAGUUCUCCCGUAAUAGACCAAAUAACAAGAUUUUAUAUGUUGCAUUCAACAAAGCCGCUAAAGAAGAAGCUGAACAACGUUUCCCCUUAAACGUCAAGUGCUCCACUAUGCAUGGUUUAGCUUACGGUGCUAUCCUAGCUCAAGCAGAUCUUCCUGCCUCAAAGCUCGAAAGACAACUCUCUAAUAGUAAUAUUGCGAACUUAUUGUCACUGCAAGCUGCGUUUCCUAAAUCAAAUCGAAAGGCGUCUCCCGGAACUCCUUCUGCAACCCUAGUUGCAUCUCAUAUCAUGUUCACCUUAAACCGAUUUAUGCAUUCGACAGAUUCUCAUUUGAGUUUUCGACACCUAAGUAAGCGUACUUUAGAAGUCACUCAACUGUCUAAAGAAAAAUUACUAUCAUAUGUUAGGAAAUUAUGGGCUCUAAUUAUUAAUUUUGAUUGUUCAUAUGCCCCUUUGAUUCCUGAUGCGUAUAUGAAGUUGCUGCAUUUAUAUGAAUUUCCCAAUAUAUUCUCAAAAUAUGAUUACAUACUAUUUGAUGAGGCUCAAGAUUUUACUCGGUGCAUGGUAGAUGUUAUAUACAGGCAAAAGCAUGCUAGAAUUGUCAUCGUUGGUGAUGCUCAUCAAUGUAUUUACGGGUUUCGGGGAGCUGAUGCCUGUGCAUUUGAUGAAACACUCUAUCCUUCUACAAAACAGCUAUACUUGACAAAAAGUUUUCGAUUUGGUAAUUCAGUGGCUAAAUAUGCCAAUUUCAUCUUGUCUUUAAAGGGAGAGAAUGUUAAACUUAGGGGCGUACAGGAUGAUCGAGUUUUUCGUUCCGUGAACGAACCAUUUUCAGUGAUUAAUGAACACUUUCGUUUUAUUCCUCACACCAUGAUAUUUAGAACCAACAAAGAGCUCAUUUUGCAGUCGAUUCGUUUGUCCGUGUCUUUACCGAAAAAUAUCCCUAUAACUAUACUCGGUUCGAUGAAAAAGAAAGCAUUUCAACUCCUACGUAGCGGUUCAGAACUUGCUCAAGGACAACGGCCGUCUCAUCCGAAAUUAAGAGAGUUUUCCUCAUGGGCUGAAUUUGAAACACAUGUAAAAAAUUCUGCAGAAGAAGACCCUGAACUUGCCUUGGUGUAUGAUAUGGCAGAAGAGUUAUUUAGUGAAACUUUUCUUACGAGGUUAGACAACUGUGAGCAAAGACUGAUUCAGUCAAAAGAUGAGGGGGAAAAUGGAAUUAUAUUGGCGACUGCACAUCAAUCAAAAGGUUUGGAAUGGGAUAAUGUACAAUUAGGUAAUGAUUUUCGACCAAAAUUUGAUAGCACUUCUUAUGCACGAAUUGGGUUUUCACGGUAUCUGAAGGAAGAGAUUAACAUUCUUUAUGUCGCCCUCACCAGAGCAAAGCAUUGUUUAAUAUUGAAUGAUACUAUAACAAAAUUUUAUGCUUUGGAAAAAGGGUUGUUGCGAUUUGCAGGGGGAAUUCCUUCAGUAGAACAAGAAAUGGAAGAGGAGAAAGUUGCUAUAUUUGUUGAUUGGCAAAUUGAGAACUUCAGUUUUCUUUGUGAUGUAUCUACGGAAUGCUAUAAUUUCUUGGUGGAUCUACAAGGGAAAACAAUAUGGGAGGUAUUUUUUGGUUUGCUUUCAGGAAGCUGGCAAAACUAUAUCGUAAACACUACGGAGCGCCUCAAAAGGACCAUGUUAUUUAUAGAAGAUCAAUUAUUUAUAAAUCAUAAUUAGGUAUGGCAUUUUUAGUAAAUAAUAUUUAAAUUAUAUGUCAAAAAUGCUGAAA